AUGGCCAACGAAUUCCUUUGCAUUCUCCCUGACAAGCCCGGUGCGCAGGGGAAGAGGUUGGAGGUUCGAUCAAAACACCUUGAGGGCGUGAAGCCGCUCGUUGAGGCCGGCAAGGUUGUUGUUGGUGGCCUUGGUUCUUUCCGUUUACUCGGUGCAGGCGCCAUGCUCAACGCUCACCCAUCCGACGGCGAGACACCCUCCUUCAAGGGGAGCAUGCUCAUCGUCAUCGGAGAGAAGGAGGAAGAUGCCUGGCAGAUUAUUCGGGACGACAUCUAUGUAAAGUCUGGGGUUUGGGACUUGGAUGCCGCGCAGGUCAUUCCGUUCAAAUCUGCGGUCAGGGUUGCAAACUAG